AUUUCGGAGAGUGCGUUUUGUGUUGAAGAUUAGUAAGAAAUUGUGAAAAAUUCUUGUAUAUCAGAUCGUGAUCGUAACAUGCUUCGAUCGCAACCAUUGAAUAAUGGCUCAUCGAUCGCGCGAGGACAGUUUUUCAUCAUCGUACCAGCAAAAGAGGCAACUUCGCUUCCGUGGUGAUUUGGCUCAGCAGCACGGUUUUGCUGGUAUGGAAGGGGCUGCUUCAGGUGCAGCGAGUGCAUUGCUAGCUGGUGGAGGAAACCGGGUGGAGGAUAUCUUCCUGGAUGAGGACGCAUUUCGCCGGAGUAGUUUCGGCAGUUCACGCAAUGGUGAAAUAACUCCUUCCGCAGGAGAUGGAAAAGAUCACCGCAGUAAAAGUAGUUUGUAUGAUUUUAUAAGAAUUGAACUGACCCGUGGUUAUGUGCUGGAGCACGAUGAAGAAAGAUAUUCCGCAAGACGAGAAAAGAUUUACUCCUUUAUGAAGAUCCCACGAGAGUUGGAGAGUUUCAUGGCGUACGGAGUGCUACAGUGUGCGGACUCGUUUCUUUAUAUCUAUACGUUUCUUCCAAUACGGUUUAUCUUAGCACUGUGGGCGUUGAUAAGCCGUCCAAUAGCACGCUGUUUAGGGAUGCGAAGACCUAGUCAACGAUUGCUGGCUCCGGCGGAAAUUUGUGAUUUAUUGAAGGGUACUAUAUGGGUCAUAUGCAGUUGGGCCAUGUUCUAUGUCGACACGAAUAUGCUGUACCAUUUGAUAAAGAGUCAAUCGAUUAUAAAAUUAUACAUAUUCUAUAAUAUGCUGGAGGUCGGAGAUCGGUUGCUAUCAGCAUUCGGACAAGAUACGAUUGACGCUCUCUUCUGGACAGCUACUGAACCAAAGGACAGUAAGAAGCAGCACCUAGGAACAAUUCCACAUUUCCUGUUUGCUAUCAUUUACGUUACUAUUCAUAGUGCCUUGGUAAUGUUCCAAGCUACAUCGCUGAAUGUUGCGAUUAACUCUAACAACAAAGGAUUGCUUACGAUUAUGAUGUCGAAUAACUUCGUUGAGUUGAAAGGAAGUGUUUUCAAGAAAUUUGACAAGAACAAUCUUUUCCAGUUAAGCUGCAGCGAUGUUCGGGAACGGUUCCAUUUAACAAUAUUAAUGCUAAUAGUGUUGAUUCAGACAAUGAAGGAAUUCAGCUGGAAAUCGGAGCAGUUUUUUGUUAUGAUACCGGAUUGCAUGUAUGUAAUGCUAACUGAAUUGUUCGUUGAUUGGAUUAAACACGCUUUCAUUACGCGCUUCAACGAAAUUCCUAUCGACGUUUAUCGGGAAUACACAACGAGCCUGGCUUAUGACAUGACACAGACACGCCAAAAGCACGCGUUUUCCGAUCAUUCUGAUUUGGUGGCUAGAAGGAUGGGUUUCAUACCUUUUCCUUUGGGAGUUGUUCUUGUUAAAGCAAUUUAUCACGCUGUUUCUUUCGAAAAUGCUGCGUCAAUAUUGCUAUUUGUAAUUGCUUACAUUGUUCUUCUCUCCUGUCGAGUUUUGAACACGGUUUGCACGCUAGGGAAGGCUUGUGAUCUAAUGCAAAAACAUCAGGAUGAGAAAAAUCUACUAAAUAACCAGCAACACAAUACUGGGCCGACUACUUCUACUCCGUUGCAGCAUUCCCGCAGUAGUAGUAAACCAACUAGUGACAUUGCAACCUCCCCAAUCCAUCAUCCGGUUAGUAGUGUGCUUAAUCGGUCGCAAACUAUCGAGUCAGUUCCGCAGAUCAAAUUGAUUACCGAACACCAAGCCAAGGACAGCAUUAUACGGGAAACAUCAACAUUGGGGGCUACCGCUUUGUUCUCUAAUAGCGACGUCGAUUUGGACGACGUAAAACUGAAUGAUAAGGUUCUAAAUAGUACCGCAGAAGACCCGGUUCGCAAAGAGGAAGAAAACCUGGCUCGAAGUGUGCCCGAUUUACAGCAGGAAUCUUCUGCGAUGGCCAACGUGACAGGGGGAGCCGAAUCUUCUGGCGAUGGAGACAGUUUUUCGUCGUAUCAAGGAAUGCAUCACCAUCGAACGCACAAGCGGUCCGAGUCGGAACCGUCGAUUCAGCUGGACGUAGAACGCAGUGGCACCUGAUCGGGUUGUUGUCCGGUGUGGAAGUAGCUAUUUAUUGUAGAUUAAAUAUAUGUGAGCCGUGUAAAGAUGGUAUGCAGCAAACGAAAAUGUGUUUUUACUGGGAUGUUGUGAUGCGCAAGCUUAACUAAACUUUCGUAAUGGAAGUUCGCAACUGACGAAACAUUAGUUUUCAUUGGAUCUAAGUCUGUGCUUGAGAAAUUAUUGAUUUUAUUUUAUUUUGUUGAAACUGUUUGUCUAUAUACAAUAAAUUGUA